UACAGGCACUGAAAAGAAUUUGGGACACAAAAGGCACGUAACAGAGCAUUUACUGGAGAAGCAAAUUGUGUGCGAUUAAACAUUUGUUUUAUUUUCAACAUUUCAUCGAAUAUAGAAUCUCGUCGCGAUGCUUACUGAGUCCACUACAGGGUGCAGUUAUGAGGAGUGCAGGGCCACAGCUGAUUGGCUGUUAGCUCGGGUUCCAGUGCGCCCUCUGGUGGGUAUCGUGUGUGGUUCAGGUCUCGGUGGACUGGCGGAUAUGCUGAAAGAUCAGCUGGUUAUCAACUACGAAGAUAUACCCAACUUCCCUCAAAGCACUGUGCACGGUCAUGCUGGAAAGUUGGUGUUUGGCACUCUUAAAGGGAAAGCAUGUGUUUGCAUGAAGGGACGGUUUCACCUCUAUGAAGGGUACCCCGUUCAAAAGACCACCUUGCCCAUCAGAGUGUUUAAACUAUUGGGUGUGGAGACCUUGAUCCUGACGAAUGCUGCGGGCGGACUGAACCAGGACUAUAAAGUGGGUGACAUCAUGGUUAUAAAGGAUCAUAUCAACAUUCCAGGUUUUGCUGGGAACAACCCAUUAGUGGGGCCAAAUGACGACAGAUUUGGCGUGCGGUUCCCAUGUAUGUCGGACGCGUAUGACCGUGGACUGCAGCAGCUCGCGCAUGAGGUCGCAGAAGAACUGGGUUACUCUGUGUACAUGCAUGAGGGUGUGUACAUUGUGAUUGGGGGGCCGUCCUUCGAAACCAUCGCUGAGUGCAAGAUGCUCCGCUUCCUCGGGGCUGACGCCGUGGGUAUGAGCACCGCUCAUGAGGUGAUUGUGGCCCGUCAUUGUGGAAUGAAGGUCCUCGCUCUGUCUCUGAUCACCAAUCAGGCGGUGAUGGAUUAUGACAGCGAGAAGAAAGCCAAUCAUGAGGAGGUUCUGCAGACAGGUGAACUGAGAGCCAAACAGCUGGAGAAACUGGUGUCCGAAAUGGUCCAUCGCAUUGACCACCAGAAUGAUGGCAAAGCCUGUUAGUGAACGCACCCCGUCAACAACCUCAAACAUCACCAACACACAUGCCAGUUAGAGGCCUUUAGUGUCAUGAAUGUUAAUCCUCGACUCUUUACUGUGCAGCCUUUUGCUUUUUAAUGUUUACAUUUCAGAGAGAAAGUGUUUUAUGGUCUUACACAACACUGAGGUAAAUGGAGAAGUGCUACUUUUUUCAUUGAUAUGGAAAUGAAGGUAAUAUCGUAAUUUUUAGUAUGUAUUUAUUUUCCAAAUGUGUAUUUAAAAAAAUAAGUUAAAGAUGUGGCAUAUAUUAUACUGUAUAAAUCAGAAGUAAUAAAUGGAAUUGGGAGGUUGUUGUUUUUCCCCCCUCAAGAAGUAAAUAAAUAGUUUGCUUAAUAUUUUUUUAACAAUAAGACAAAAUUCACGACUGUACUUAAGAAAAUAUUAACAACUAUUAAGAACACUAUUUAUAUAACCAAAUACAAUAUUUAAACUGCAGAACUGUGUUACUGAAUUUAUGUUGUACUAUUUAACAAUUCUGGGCUUAAACAAUAAUAUAUUUAUGUUGCCUAUGUAUGUAAAACAGUUUAAAACGUACGUUUUUUUAAAAUAGUGGUGGUGUGUUUGUUUUAUUAGUUGUUUGGAGAGGGACAUCUGAAUUACUGUUUUACUUUCACUUUUACUGACUGUGUUGCAUUAGACUAAAGCACUUCUAAUACAACGCUUUCCUCUGAAAAAUGCAUUUUAUUUUGUAAUUGCACUUUAAGCUCUGUGGUACAUAGUUGUUUUCAUGACAUUCUGCUUAAAUGCCAUAAUAAAUUUAAAAAAAGUUACUCCAACAGUUA